GUAGUUGUUAACAAUUUGGUUCGGACAAUAGCUUUGCCAGAAGCUUUGGCUAGUGCCCAAUAGAUGUACUGUAUUAGUGCAGUUCAUAAUUUUUACUAGUCCGGAACAAAAAUUCACUAACUGAGAAAUUAGGGCUAAUGGAAGCCUGAUUUCAUUAUUAAUAUGAUUAUGUGGUGGGAUUAGAACUCCACUAUCACGGCUAACAUUGAUGACAUUGAUGAUUGACAGGACAUUGUGGCACUAGCAGGUUAGCUUUGCACACAAUAUUUAACGUAUAUAAAAGGAUGACAUCUAACUUGAAAUAACAGGAAAAAGGAUGAAGAAGGAAAAGCAAGAAGUGAAUUGUUUUUUCUUCUCUAUUUUUACUUUUAGCACCUGAGACGAUGUCAUCUAAACCGGGUGACGGGAACACAGACGAAGGGAAGGAUGACAGUUCUGGAGAAGAUACGUUUGAAAUUGACAAAGCACGACAAGCAAUUACUGGACGCAGUGUCACACUGUCAACUCUACUUAAAGAUAAAAUAAUCGAACCAGGCGAAGGGGUUCUAUCUAUUGACUACUUGGGUCAGAAAUUUGUUGCGGAUCUUCUUCCGAAUGGAAAGAUUAAAGGGAUGCAGUCGACAGAGCUGUUUCUCACACCGAGUGCUUGGGCCAUUCAUUGCAAGAAGAUGGUCAACCCAGACAAGAAAUCCGGCUGUGGUUGGGCAUCGGUGAAAUACAGAGGUCACAAACUUGAUGUAUGGAAGUCGCGAUGGUGUCGGAAACAGCGACCAAGCAGUCCGUAUGCUUCUCUAUCCCAGAAAUCACCUGCCAGUCACAGAGCAAACAGCCCUUAUACAUCCACCAAUCAGAAAUCACCAGCCAGCUACAGGUCAAAUAGCCCGUAUGCAUCCACCAAUCAGAAGUCUCCAGCAAGUUACCGAUCAAACAGUCCAUUCCUGUCAGGCUCUCAGAAAUCGCCUGCGAGAUCAAACAGUCCAUACACAUCCGUCGUACAGAGAACAAGCAGUCCAAAUGUUCCAUCCUCUCCUUUGUCCUCUGUUGGAGAAAAUGGAGUUAAUGGCGACCAUGGAUCAAGAGGGACAACUCCAAACCUGAAUGAGGAUGUAAAAGCCGAGAAUGGAAAAUACGACUUGAUGCCAUACCCAGCACACAUGUCACCAUUGAAAAAUGGUUCAUCAAAAUCUCUGUACAGUGUUUAUAAAGACACCAUACAGGAAGAAGCAUUGAAUCUUUCGAUGUCUGGCCCUCACGCGAAGAAAGCGGCGUCAGAGAUUGAAGUGGAUGAAAAUAAGCCGGCGUUUGUCGACAAAAUCCACAUGCCUGGAUUGCAGAGCCUCACUUGUAGGCCAUCCAUUAAAUACUCCACUCUCGGCAAGAGGAGCAAUGACAUUGAUCCAAACAUAUUGAUCGAGUGUGAACGAUUUUCAAACUACAACAAAAUCCAGCCAUUUACAGUUACCAUAACAACCAAUGCUAUGAUUGUCAUGGAUUUUCACUGCCACAUGACCACAAGUGAAGUGGUUGGGUAUUUAGGAGGAAGAUGGGAUCCUCAGCAGCAGCAUAUCACUAUUCUGGAGGCGUUUCCCUGCCGGUGUCGUCUAGGUGACAAGGACCGAGCCCCAUCAACUGAAGAUGAGGUGUGUUUUCCUAUGUCAUACUUAUUUUCACAUCAAACCGUAGUGCAGUUUCUCUUUGUAUAA